AAAGGCAGUCAGUUCCUGCCUGGUAACAAACCAGGAAAUUAACUUGUAAAUAAUCGGUGGACAGAACGGCAUUAUUUUUUUUAACAGAAUACAGUAUAGAGUUUUAUUAUAAAACAAAUAAAGCCAAGUUGAAAUCUACAUUAGUGUUCGUAACCAUGGCUUCGUUGUUUAAGAAGAAGACUGUAGAUGAUGUAAUAAAAGAACAAAACCGGGAGUUAAGAGGAACUCAGAGACAAAUAGCCAGAGAUCGAGCCGCAUUAGAGAAACAAGAAAAGCAAAUGGAACUGGAAAUAAAAAAAAUGGCAAAGAGUGGAAACAAGGGGGCCUGUAUAAUUUUAGCCAAACAGCUAGUCCAGCUGCGGAAACAGAAGAACCGAACAUAUGCAGUUAGUUCAAAGGUCACCUCCAUGUCCACACAGACCAAGGUCAUGAGCUCCCAGAUGAAGAUGGCCGGUGCAAUGUCAACCACUGCAAAGACAAUGCAGACAGUCAACAAAAAGAUGGACCCACAGAAGACCCUACAAACCAUGCAAAACUUCCAGAAGGAAAAUAUGAAGAUGGAAAUGACAGAAGAAAUGCUUAACGACACACUAGAUGAAAUCUUUAAUGAAUCUGGAGACGAGGAAGAAUCCCAGGACAUUGUAAACCAGGUGCUGGAUGAAAUCGGCAUUGAAAUCUCUGGAAAAAUGGUGAAUGCCCCUUCGGCAAGCAAAAAUUUGCCUUCAGCUUCCACCUCCAAAGCUGCCACGAUUUCAGAUGAAGAGAUUGAGAGACAGCUGAAGGCUCUUGGUGUAGAUUAAUCUACUUGUCUAUUCUCUCCAAAUGGAUCUGUGUGCAUCCUAAAUACAGCACUACUUGAACAUGCAGAUGCAUUUAUAUAUUUAUUUUAUGGAUUGCAUUUUUUGGCUGCAAGGGGUUUGUAAAAUGUUAGUAAUUACUGAAGCAAGCAAUGCAAAUAAAUUCUUAACCUGUUAAUACCACACUGUACUUCCCGUUGAAGGAAUGGCUUCUGUACUUUAAUCAGAUGCAUUCAGAAAUACAAGACCUGCUCGACCCGUGGAUAGAUUGCUGAUUGUUUUGCAGAGUACCGGUAAUAAGCUGUGCUGAUAAAAACGGAAUAAUGUAAAACCUUAAAUGGACCCCUUUUACAUUUUGGUAAAUGGUUCAUUAUGCACACAACUACGCCAAUUGCUUGUAACACUGUUAGUCUGUUCCUUGUGCAACUUGAUACAAAGCAGAGUAAAGGUUCAGCUGCCAUUUUACAGGAAUUGCCUAUCAUGUUUAACCUUUUUUUCUAGAUUUGAAUAGAAUAAUACUUUAUACACUCUCCAUUAUCUAACGUGGUUCUUAAAAUUGUUGAUUUCAACAUUGUAUGCAUGUCCCUUAAUACUUCCCAAAUGUUGUCACAAUAGUGUCCAGAGCUAGGGUGAAACAUCAGAUGGUGUGUAAUAUUAGAAAAUGCUUAUUGGCAUGGACAUAGAAGUGAACUAACUUGGACGCAGAAGGCUGUACAGUUUAUGAUAAUCUUUUAUUUUGCCCCAAUAUCUUCAGUGUUUAGCACAUUACAGGAUGUAAAUAUAAUGCAGUUCAAGCUUUGCUGGAGGCCUUUUCAUACAGACAGACAGAUUGGAAAAAGAAUUGAUCUUGCAGGUACAGGGAAGUUCCAGUAAUGUAAUGACAAAUUGUUGCUGUUGUAAUCUCAUUAUUUCUUUAGGACAGACUUUCUGUUUUUUUAAUUAUACAAUUCAUUAAGCUUGAUAAAGGUCCUAAGCUAUUUACUUUCAGUUCAGUCAAUUUUCAUGUACCAAGCAAAGGAUUAGAAAACUAAACCUGACCUUGUGCCAAUGAGUAAGACUUUUUGAAUUUCCUGUUUUGAUAUGCAUUUAGUAUUUUGAACAUUUUAAAGGUAUGAAAUAUAAUUUGUUUGUUGUGCUUUGGGCUCAGGUACACUACAUAAAACUAAACUGUGAUCUUUUUUUUUUUUUUUAAUUAAUCUAACAAUCAUUUUUGUAGAACUGUUAUAAGUAUGUGCCUUUUGGGAUAUAAGCCUUAUUAUUCAAUUAAUAUUAAAAAGUAAUAAGCAAACAAAAGUAUAUUUCAAUAAUAAAACAAAUGAUUUACAAAGCUAUGUAACAAGGCUGGUUUAGUCCCUUAUGUUUAUUUUACUGAAUCUCAACUCCCAGUUUAAGCAGCAAUAACAAUCCAAAUGUAAAAUGGCUGAAUACUAUAGGUAAGCUUGCAGUAAUGGUGUGGGCACCUGUGCUGUUAUCCUUAAAGAAAGUGCUCUGUGUAGAUGCAUCAGGGCAAAUGUUUGAAGAUGUCUGUAAAUAUUUUGCAUUAUUUAUACCCAUUUUAAGAACACAUGGUUAUCUACUUUAAAGUGGCAGUUCCAAAAGACCUUGUACAGCUUCUCCCCGUGGCUCAAGUGCUGCACUUGCCAGGACAGUACCUGUGGAAUUUUGAUAGGGGUGUGCAGAUGCAGGUUAUGAAGAUGUCUACAAUUUCAAGUGCUGUACCUGGUGAUGCCUUUUGAGUUGCAGUUUGGAUUCUUUCCAUGAAGUCCUGCGUGCGUCAGCAUCUGGAUUAAUUAACGGCUGGAUUUUAAAAUAGUUAUGUUGACUGUUUCAAAAAAUAAAAGGCAAAUAAAUGUUUAGAACCUUUGAACAGUGAUAUUUUGGGAAUAAGAAGUAGAAUAAUUGUGGGACUUUUUUUAUCUAGUGGAUAUUUUCUAAAACCAUUGCUUCUGAUUAAAACUAAAGUAUUGAUUUUAGUGUUAACAAAAAUCUGAAGCAUUACUUUGUACAAAUACAACAUUUACAUACAAUCCAUUGAUUGUUUUUUAAAGGAACAAAUACUUUCCAUUUGUCAAUAAGAUUAGCCACUCUUUACAGAGUCAAUUACACUGCUAAUUAAUUCCUUUGUGUGUGUAUAUAUAUAUAUAUAUAAGUGUAAGUUUGUUUUACACUGUAUCUAAUGGGUAUAACUAAUAAGCACGAUUUAUUAAAUUUAUUAUCAGGUUUCUUUUUGUUUCAUACAUGAGUGACUGAUUUGUUUUCUGUACAUGUUUAUUUCAAUGCAAAUUUCAGGUUUAAGGAUUUGUAUAGGUUGCAUUCUAACCUUUCAAUAGGCAAGAAAAACUUGAGUUUUUUUUUCGUACUGUAAAGUUACAUUUUGUUAUUUCUUGCCCAUAAUAAAAAAAAAAUUCAUGUG